UCUCAGUUUCUUCCUGUGACGUAGUGCUAGCUCUCGAUGCUACACGCGGGAAACAGGCGAAGCUGCACAUUGACAAGACUUCAGAAGCUGAGAUGGGAGACACACUGGAGUUCAACGAGAUUUAUCAGGAAGUCAAAGGCUCCUGGAAUGAUGGACGGUUGCGUUUCAGCAAACAAAAUGUGGUUUAUAAGAGCAGCAAGACGGGGAAGGUGGACAGCAUCCCAGCUGGUGAGCUCAACCAUGCCCAGUGGAGACGAGUGUGUUUAGGUCACGGCAUCAAGCUGAGCACCAGCACGGGACAUGUUUACAAAUAUGACGGCUUCAGGGACACAGACUUUGAGAAGAUUUCCGAGUUUUUUAAGACUAACUACAAGGUGGAGCUGACGGAGAAAGACAUGUGUGUAAAAGGAUGGAACUGGGGAACAGCAAAGUUCUCAGGGCCGCUGUUAUCAUUUGACGUGAAUGACAAUUCAGCAUUUGAGAUCCCGCUGGCCAACGUAUCCCAGUGCGCCACGGGGAAGAACGAAGUCACUCUGGAGUUUCACCAGAAUGACGACACGGAGGUCUCCCUUAUGGAGGUCCGAUUCUACGUCCCACCCAGCCAGUCUGAUGAAAGGCAAGACCCUGUUGAGGCAUUUGCCCAGAGUGUGUUGUCUAAGGCUGAUGUCAUCCAGGCAACAGGAGAUGCUGUGUGUAUCUUCAAAGAGCUGCAGUGUCUCACACCCAGAGGAAGAUAUGAUAUCCGUAUAUAUCCGACUUUCCUUCACCUCCAUGGUAACUUCGACUACAAGAUUCCCUACACCACCGUCCUCCGUCUAUUCUUGCUACCACACAAGGAUCAGAGGCAGAUGUUCUUUGUUAUCAGUCUGGAUCCUCCGAUCAAGCAGGGUCAAACGCGUUAUCACUUUCUCAUCCUGCUCUUCUCCAAGGAAGAGGACCUCAGCCUCACCCUCAACAUGAGCGAAGAGGACGUGGAGCGCCGCUAUGAGGGCAAACUGAGUAAAAACAUGUCUGGAUCUCUGUAUGAAAUGGUUAGCAGAGUGAUGAAGGCUCUCGUCAACCGAAAGAUCACUGUGCCCGGAAACUUCCAGGGUCAUUCUGGGGCUCAGUGCAUCACCUGCUCCUACAAGGCGUCCUCAGGCCUCCUCUACCCCCUGGAGAGGGGCUUCAUCUAUGUCCACAAGCCCCCGGUCCACCUGCGCUUCGAGGAGAUCUCCUGUGUCAACUUUGCUCGAGGCACCACAACAACGCGAUCCUUUGACUUUGAGAUCGAGACAAAGCAAGGAAAUCAGUACACUUUCAGCAGCAUUGAGAGGGAAGAGUACGGCAAACUGUUUGACUUUGUUAACGCCAAGAAGCUCAACAUCAAGAACAGAGGAUUCAAAGAGGGCAUGAAGGGUAAAAUUGACGAGUACAGUGACUCAGACGAAGACCAGCAUGACGCCUACCUGGAGAGGAUGAAGGCUGAGGGCAAGAUCAGAGAGGAGGGCAAUGACAGCAAUGAUUCAGAGGGUGAAAGCGAUGAGUCGUUUAACCCCGGAGAAGAAGAUGAUGACAUUGCAGAAGAGUACGACAGCAACGCUUCCGCAAGUGACAGCAGUGAUGAAGGGGACGACAGUGAGGAAGAUGGCGCAAAGAAGAAGGUCAAAAAAGUCAAGGUUGUGAAGGAGAAAAAAGAGAGGAAACCACGCAGAGAGAAGAAGAAGAAAGAAACCGGUGGCCCUAAAAGACCGAUGAGUGCCUACAUGCUGUGGCUCAACUCCAGUCGUGAGAGAAUCAAGUCUGAGAACCCGGGAAUCUCCAUCACUGAGAUUUCCAAGAAGGCCGGAGAAAUGUGGAGACAAAUUGGCAAAGAAGAUAAGGAGGAGUGGGAAGGCAAGGCUGGAGAGGCCAAGAGGCAGUACGACAAAGCAAAGAAAGAGUAUUUAGAGAGCGGCGGCGGCGGCAGUGGAGCAACCCCCUCUUCAAAGAAGGAGAGUAGAAAGUCUGGAGGCAAGAAGAAGGAGGAGAAGAAGAGGAAAUCUUCUGGGGGAGAUAAGGACAAGGACAAGGAGCGGGGAGGAGGAGGAGGAGGAGGCGGAGGAGGAGGAGGAGGCAACGACAGCUUCAAGAGUAAAGAGUUUAUCGAGACCAGCGAGAGUUCAUCAGACUCUGACCGCAAGAGCAAGUCCAAGAGGAAGAAGAAGGAAUCUGAUGAUGAGGAGGAGGAGGCUGCAUCCACACCUGCCAGCUCAGAGGAAGAGUCAGACUAAACACACACUGCUACACAUGUACACACAAACACCAAGGACCAAGCAUUCAUACAAUCUGUGUUGAUUCACACAAACGGACUGGCAGACCCACCAACAGACGAGUUGUAUUUGUUUUCUUCUCCGUGUCUUUUAUAAGUUCAAAUACAGCUAUUGACUGUUCAAGCUUCAUUUAGUAUUUGAUGUUUGUUAAUUCCCGUGGAAAAAAUCUGUGAAACGGAGGAAUACUUGUGUAAUGCUUUGCCCAAAAUUCUUGAAGGGUUUGAUUAUUUUACCCAUGGGGAGGGUUUUUGUAGUUUUUCUUAGCACUGAGAAGUGUAGGAGUUAUCUGAUGAAUGAAUGUGGAAAGGAAGAAAGGAGCACAUGCUAAACAAUUUUGUUCCUCGUGUGCAGAGCAUUUAAAAGUUGAACUUAACGGCUUAUGUUUUGAAAUGUCAUGUUUUCAGGCUUCAAUAAAUAAAUGGCUCAUUUUUAAUAAAAGAAAAAUACUC